AUGGGGAACAUUGAGAAUCGCCAAGUGCCGACGACGUUCUCCCAGCACUUUGUAGAUGUUGGAAUUUCCAAUCCGCUUUGGAACUCCAUGGAAGUGGCAGGGAAGACGGAAGAAAGGAAAGGUGUAAGGUGUCCACCCAAAACGUUCCCCAUCUGCCAGCGACUGAACGGUGGUGAAGACGGCUGCCUGUUUUGCCUUGGUCACGCUUCCAGCUUCAUCCGUCUUCGGACGUAG